GAGUACAAGGUGGUCGGGCGAUGCCUGCCCACGCCGAAAUGCACGACCCCGCCUCUGUACCGCAUGCGUAUCUUCGCUCCGAACCAUGUUGUGGCCAAGUCCCGGUUCUGGUACUUCGUUUCUCAGCUGAAGAAGAUGAAGAAGUCUUCUGGAGAGAUCGUGUACUGUGGCCAGGUGUAUGAGAAGUCCCCUCUGCGGGUAAAAAAUUUUGGCAUUUGGUUGCGCUAUGAUUCUCGUAGCGGAACUCACAACAUGUACAGGGAGUACAGGGACUUGACCACGGCUGGUGCUGUCACUCAGUGCUACCGCGAUAUGGGAGCCCGUCAUCGUGCCCGUGCUCACUCUAUUCAGAUCAUGAAAGUUGAGGAAAUUGCUGCUAGCAAGUGCCGUAGACCAGCAGUCAAGCAGUUCCAUGAUUCUAAAAUCAAGUUCCCUCUGCCACACAGAGUUCUGCGUCGCCAGCACAAACCACGUUUCACCACCAAGAGACCAAAUACUUUCUUCUAAAUACGAAAACGUGCUAUCAGCUCUGUGUUGUAAUAAAGGUCUUAUCCGAACCUUU